AUGGAAGUGAGCCCAAACGAGCUGAUGAACAUCCUGAACAGAAUCAUUGCAAAGCAUCAGGAUCUGAAGACAGAUGGUUUCAGCAUUGAGUCUUGCAGGAGCAUGGUGGCAGUCAUGGAUGUAUCUUUUCCUUCAUUAGUACUCUGUGUGUUUUAUAUAAUCUGGGCCCCUGCCAUCACACAGUUCAUAUCUGGCACCGGCACCGUUUCAAAAGUACAGGUUUGGCACCGGUAUCGGAUAAAACCUAAACGAUAUCCAUCCCUAGAUAUAAGCAGCACAGCCUUAUCCAGACAUAAUGCACAUGUACCUGUUGUUGUACUGCUUAAUUGUAACACACAGUUGUGCGUCUCUUCGUUAGGCUUCCCUCUCAAUGGUCAGCUGUACCAGAUGAUCAUUCGCAGAUACAGCGAUGAAAAUGGAAACAUGGAUUUUGACAACUACAUUGGCUGUCUCGUAAGGCUGGAUGCAAUGUGCCGUGCCUUCAAAACCUUGGAUAAGGAUAACAACGGGACCAUCAAAGUUAAUGUUCAAGAGUGGCUGCAGCUCACCAUGUACUCUUAAGUCCAGAUCAUGUUUCUCCGGCUUGUUUCAUGGAACCACUUUGUUUAUAUACACAAUUCGAGAUAUUUUAAUCAUCAUCCCAAUAACUUCCUGUGUUAGCAAAUCCCUUGUGCGUGCAGGCUUAUUUUCACAAUUGCAUGUUAAUGGAAACGUGGUGGCAUUCUUCACAGCUCUUAAAACUUACACGAAAGAUUGGAAAACACUGUUAACAAAGCUGCAUGCAGAAUGCUGCCCGUAGCUGACGAUGAUCAAAGGUGAAUGCUACUAAACUUUUUGGACAGCUGUGAAAUCACAUAGUUGUGUAAAAGUGAUAGUUUGUUGAAUUGCUGCCAUUUUUUUGGCAUUUUCUUUUGAUCUUCCUCACACCCCAAAUUUCUAAAUGGCACAAGAAGAUCCUGCUUCUGCCGCCCUGGGAUUUGUAAUUUAAAAUCUAAUGUGAAAGCAGUAUUGCUCUUUGUCUGGGGCUGAUUUGACAAUCACCAUGUCUUAGAGAAUUGGUAGAAACAUGUUUUUGCUCAUUGGUUGUUUUUAUCCUAAAACCUGAUCGUCAGCUGGCUUUUUUUCUUCUUCUUUUUCUGCCUUUUAACUCCAAACUUUGCUGGGAAUGCACCUGUGGGCUGCACAAGUGUUGUAAAAGACACACAAACCUCCUUCAGGUGUCACUUUAUUAAAGAUGUCAGAGGUCAGCUGCGGUGUGGUAGACUAGGCAUCGCACACCUCUUUCCACCCGUUCUACUAGAUUAGAUCUUUCUAGGAAUUGUGUGGGUGUGUGAGCGCUGAUUGCUGUGUUCACAACUCUUUGUGGCUGCUAUUAGUUCUGUUACACCUGUUGGGGCAGGUAGCCUAUUUCAUUAGUAAACAUGUAGGUCCUUAGAAUUUCAUAAAUUCUCAGUAGUUCCACCCAAUUUCAUCCUGAGCAGAGGACAAAGCAUAGUUGCAGCAAAAACCCCCCAAAGGCAGCUCACACCUAGCUGAAUGAUGUGUCACUCUGAAUAUUCCUUCCAGAAGAAAUUAUGUAGAGACAUUAUUAUUAUUAAUAUUAACAAAUAAACACCUUUCCAUUGACCUCCUCUUAUCAUGGCUGUCACUCAUGCAGUGAUACCAAGAGCUGUUUUCAGGUGUUGUGGCUGAAGAGUGUAACAUGUGGCCACAUCUCUUGCAGUUCUAAAUGUUAUGGGUGUGUUAUGGGUGUGUGUCUAAGCAAGCAUGAGCAACAGGAUAAACAGGCUGUCAGCCUGUGCACACCCAUGCAGCUCAGAGAAAGAGGUUUAAUUUUAAAAACAGGUAUGUGCACCGUAUCCUUGCUGAGACUCUGCCAUGGAAGAAACCGCUGAUGUUGAACUUUUCAACCUUGGGUUAUAUCCAGCGUUUGUGAAACCAGCCCCAGCUCCUCUGACUGUAGAUUUGUGCUCACUGAGACUGUACUGGCUCACAGAUUUGUGUUUGCUGGUGAGUUACAGCACUGUAGGAACACACAGCAUGAAUUAUUGAUUUCUACACUCCAUUCUUUUGCAUCAUAGACUGUUAUUGCAUCUUAUCACUAUCAGAAUGCCUUUUACGGCCACUAGAUGGCUACUUGGUUUCUAAACAUAUAAAUCCUGUACUUUCUGGAUCCUGCACUUAAUGGUAAGUUAAUGCAACAACUCAACAUAGCUGACUUUAUCUUCCAUCUAUAGUAGUAAUGUACAUUAAAGUGUGAAAGGUGUGAGCUUUGCUCAAAGAUAAUGUGCCAUAUUGUCUGUUUGAAGUGAAAGUCUGCCAUAGCUUUGUGUGUCUCAGCUUUCUGAUCACUUAUGCCUCCAUUAGAUGCCAGCAUAGUGUGUGAGCUGAUGCUGUAUGCCACUAAUGCAUGAAGCCCAAAGUGAAAUGCCAUAAUUAAGGGGUUUUGAUCCUGUAGCUCUUUAUGCCACAGCCAUUAAACUGUUAUUGGAUUUGCUUGAUAAAU